GUACGUGGUUGGGAAAGCCAAAUUCGAUAGGGUGCCACGAUAAUAAAGUCCCUUUUACUCAGACGUUACAGGGUACCGCAACGCCACCCGUCUAGUGGAUGGAGCCCCGACUGCCCAGUUUCUAGGCCAUUGCCUGGGUCGGUCAAAGCUUGCCGAUUAUCUUGUGCCCUGACUUACGACCGUUUAGCACUUCUCUGUUUUGGCUCUCGUUGUCGUCGGUGACGACUUGAAUUUAGGCCGGUACUCUUGUCUUGAUCCACCCUUUCGAUAUCGACUAUGUUCUCUACUGACCUCACGUGGAACGGAGGUGGCGUGGAAAUGGUGGGAGAACGAAGGGCGCGAAAGGCCCAGGAGAGGGCGUCUGGCACGUCUGGAGCGUCGUCGAUCAGAACCUCGAUCAGUUUUGAGGGCUCAAGUUCCACAAAUCGAGGAUUUAGAUGGGCUUCAGGCUUGAAGAAAGCAAAAGAACUCAAACCUUCCAACAUACUACGACCCUUGACAAGCCGCAGUUCGAACGCACAGGUAACAGGCCAGACCACCACUCACAAAUCCACCACACAUCCUCAUGAUCUGAAAGACCCCUCGAUACAACCGGCCUGGACAUAUUCGGGAUCGCUUUCCUCUAACUUGCCAUCUGGAGCGUCUUUGGAUUUUCCUGAAUAUGAUACACCCAAACUACAUGGUCGUGCACCAUCCCAAUGCACAAAUUCGAGCUCAUCACGGUAUUCGAGAGAUGAACACGGAUUGGAACUAAGGGCACCUGUUCGAGUUAUGACCAACGAAGAGAUAAAGCAAACCACCCCUAGAUCCAUCGUACCAGGUGGGGUCCGGUUAAGUCCCCAAGCCUCUCGAAGAGAAGACUGCUUGCCAGCGGCUGGCUGUGAUCCUGAGAAGCAGCGGACCGAGAGACGACAGUACCCCAUACAAGUUGAGGAGCAUUUGAACUUUCAAAGCCUUGAUGACUUAGUGAGCAAGGACAAUACUAGCCCAGCCUUGACCACAGAAGCGACACAUCAUGUCUCACCCCAGUCGAAAUUCUACAGACCACUUUCACAAUGGGAGAGCCUCUCUCCUCAAGUGAUCAGAGAAAUAACGAUACCAUCAAAGCCAGAGACCAAAAAGGUUGCCGUUGCCCAUAGCAGUACUCUUGAACUCAUUCGCAUCCAGCAGUUCAUCCACAGCAUCGAAGGAACCCACCCCCAGGAUGUCCUUGACCGUCUCAGAGAAGACUGGCUCGAGUAUUCGGGUGAAGAAAUUGAAGAUGAGGUGGCACUUGAAAAACAAUUGUGGCUAUUGACAGGCUUCCACACACUGAAUGCGGGCAAGGUUCGGAUCAUUCCGAAACCGAAGUGCAAUACGGGCAGAAUCUUGGAGCUCUACGGCAAUCUGUCUGAGGUAUAUCAACUGUCGGCGACCAAUCCACACCAGGUGGUACAUUUUCUCACCACCAAAAUCCAACGGCAGAUAUCACUCCCUGGAAAUGUGUCGUAUCUGACUGUGCGAGAAUGCGGUGCAGUACCAUUACCUUACCCUGAGAAUUACUUCUCUCACAUCAGAGCAUCUACACUGCCACCUUUGGUUCCCUCCGCCAAGUUACCCGAACUAUUCAAUGAGUGUUAUAAGCUCCUCGCGCCUGGCGGCCUACUCGAGAUCAGAAUCAUGGAUGCAGCCCCUUUACGGAGAACAGCCGGCCCCAAGAUGAGGAUGUGGAUUGAAGACAGGUUAUCUUUGAACCUUGAGAGACUCUUUCGUUGUUCAAGGCCAUGCUUAUUAGUCCCUAGUUGGCUAGCUGCUGCAGGAUUUGGAUUGGCGAUUCCGGAAGGCGAUCAAAACGUGGCGUUACCAUGCGCUUUCGACAAAAAUUCAUCCGAUAUAAAUUCAGAGCUUUCAGCGAUAAUAGGAAAGGCUCUAUGGAAAGACAUCUGGGGUCAGUUUGUUGACGACAUUCCGGAUGAGUCGAAAUGGUGGUGGGAAGACGAGGAGAUUAUGCAAGAAUGCCUGCAGCGCAAGACUGUGUUCGAAUGUCGAGCAAUAUAUGCAUACAAAAACUGAUGGACGUGCCUUUGAAUGGAUAUCGCAACGUUUGAUUUCCUUUGUUGACAUCCGGCAUGGCGUUGUGCGCGGCAAUUGUCUUUUGGGAUACCCGAUUCAAGCGUUGGAUCAAUUUUAGGUUUUCUAAAAGUCUUGCAGCUAGGUUUCCCUUCAUGGGCGGUGUUUGGGCAUGCUUGCUGACAGCUUCGUUAUCGACGUUGGUGUAGGUCUAAAUUAACGACGC